GCCGCCGGUCCCGCUAGGAGGGGGAUGGGGAGGGUGGAGAGGCCGGCGGACCGCGAGGCACACGCGGCCGCGGCGAGCGGGCCGGCAGGAGACAGACGGCGUGGAGGCGGAGACGGUACUGUCUCCCGCUUCCCCGCCCGGCGCUGCGGACCCGCCAGCGAGGCCGGGGAUCCCCUGCGGGCUGGGGAGGAGCCGCCGCCGCCAGGCCGACUGCGCGUCCCGGGAGCGUGGAAGGGGGCGGGGAGCGCGGGGAGUCCGGGCCGAUCCGGGCCCUUAAAGCAUCUCGCCCUCCCCCGCCGACCCCGGGCGCCUGCCGCCUCACUCCAGAGUCGCGGCCGCAGGUUCGGAGAGGAUCAGACGAGGUAUAAAGCUCACGCAGACCAGCUGGGAGAGUCCAGCCUCGCAGUUCAUGCUCCACGUUGGUAAUAUCAAAGUGCUCUCUCCUCUUUGGACCGUUUUCAGGAACUGACAUCAGUUUUCAUAUAGCUUAAGCUUAAAAAGCAAGGGGAGAGGCAAAGCACAGAGAGCUGCAGAUCAGACCUUCCUGAGCCUCCCUGCCUGGAGCAGCAGAGACCUCUGGAGAAUGCUGGCUGCCAGGCCCUCCCUCUGAGGUGGGAAGGCUGGUGUCCAUGGGACAGCUUCCUGGCUCCUGGGUCCACCAUGGCCUCCAUCCUUUGACUGGACAGCUGACGUGACCAGUGCUCCCAGCGUGUGUACUGCUGGACUGGGUGCUGUGUCAGGUACCACCUGCUCUCGGGCUGGGAGCCAGGCUGGUCAGCAUCAGAUGCUUCCAGAAGCCAGACAGCAGCAGAUGGCCUCAAGCAAACUGAGAUGGAGGUGACCUGAGGCCUCCUGGAUGCUCCUGGGGACAGGACAGCUGAGGAGCUGGAGCCAGGCCUGCUGGGGAGCAGUAUGCAGGAAGCUGGCUCUCAGGCCACGAAUGCUUUCACAGAGUGCAAAUUCACCUGCACCAGCGGGCAGUGCUUGUAUCUGGGUUCCCUGGUCUGUAACCAGCAGAAUGACUGUGGGGACAACAGUGACGAAGAAAACUGCCUCCUGGUGACGGAGCACCCGCCUCCGGGCAUCUUCAGCUCGGAGCUGGAGUUCGCCCAGGUGGUGGUGGUGGUGGUGGUGGUCACAGUGAUGGUCGUGGUCAUCUUCUGCCUGCUGAACCACUACAGAGCAUCCACCCGGUCCUUCAUCCACCGCCCGGGGCAGGGCCAGAGGCAGGAGGACAGGCCGCAGCUGGAAGGGUGCCUGUGGCCUUCAGACGGCUCUGAACCUCGGCCUACCUCAGAGACCAUGUAUGCCCCGCGGUCCAGGGAUGGGGUGACUGCCCCACCUUUUCUCCAGAGGGAUCGGUUCAGCCGCUUCCAGCCCACCUACCCCUACGUGCAGCACGAGAUUGACCUUCCCCCCACCAUCUCCCUGUCGGAUGGGGAGGAGCCACCUCCUUACCAGGGGCCCUGCACCCUGCAGCUCCGGGACCCUGAACAGCAGAUGGAACUCAACCGAGAGUCAGUGCGGGCACCGCCCAACCGAACUGUUUUUGACAGCGACUUGAUAGGCGUAUCCGUGUACAGUGGGGGCCCGUGCCCACCCAGCAGCAAUUCAGGCAUCAGUGCCAGUACCUGCAGUAGUACUGGGAGGAUGGCGGGGCCGCCCCCGGCCUACAGUGAGGCGAUGGGCCACUACCCAGGCGCCACUCCCUCCCACCCCCAGCACAGCGGCGCACACAGGGGGAGCAGACUGCUGCUCCAGCGAGAAGCCCGGAGCACGGAGCUGCCCGUCCAGGGCACGGACAGGAAGCCCAGGGAGUGCACCUGACCUGCGAGCACACCUGAUGUGAGAAAAGAAAUGGAGUCGCAGCACAGCAGAAUUCAGUAAAACAGAACAGUUCUUUUCAGGGGAGCCACACGCAGAAGGGAAUAGUGUAAACCUCCAGUCGGGCCACAACAGUAUUCAUCUGCGGCAGAGACGGGACAGGGCUGGUUUUGGCGAAGUGUGGGCAUGAGAACACAAAAGGGUGCUUUGAAGACACCAUGAAAUAAAACCCAUGAGGCGUUUGACUUUAAUGUGAAAGCAGAGGCCAGAAUGCCUGUUUUACAAUUAACCGAAUACAGAGGAAAAUGUUAUACGUUAUGGGGAAGACUCGCUAGUUUGCUUUCCCCCCGAACUGUGGAACUUUUGUUUUAAAAAUAUGAUUUUACGUUUCUGCUUUGUGUGCCAAGGUAUAAGGUGAAGUCAGAUGAAUGCAAGGAGUUAAAUCUGUGUUGUGAUGCUGUGUUUUUAAAAAUUGCACCAUCUUCACUGUUUAACAUGAGGAAGCUUUAUGUGAAGUCCUGUAGGUUGUUUUCUCACCUGUGCAUCAUUAUUAGGCCCCAUAAUAAUGUUCCCCCCAUAACUGUGCAGGAAAGGGUGUUUGGGGAGGUAGCCUAACAUACUGCUAACUUACACUUGUGAAGAGAGUCAUCACAGGGCGUGCAUCACCAGGGCACCUGCAGACUGGAUGGAGCAGAGGAAACGCCCGCAUCCCUGGUGGGUCAAGUCCCUCCAGCCUCAGGCUGUGUGUUUCACGCCUGCAUUCACACAUCACACAGUGCUGCCCUAGUCCUCCAGCAGGGCAGGUUCUGCAGUAAUUGAUUUUUUUUUUUCACUGUAGCAUGAAAUAUACUCAGAUAAUACACUAUUUUAUGCAAUAAAUUGUUUAAAAUGCAAGGUGGUUAUUUUUAUACUGUUGAAACAUGUGAUUUCAGUGUUUCCUGUGGUCUGUCUUUCCAUGGAUAGUUGAGUUCAGGCCUGGAUGGCUGAUCAUUGAGACUCGGCAGUGGCUCUGAUGUGCUCGCUGCCCUGGUGUUGCCUGAUGCUAGCUGUGGGUUCUCUGUGUGUAGAAACUCCUGAGUUGAGGAAGGGAACCAGCCCCAUAUGGGAACCAGUGCCUGGGAGAGAUGCAGGGUUCAGAACCAGCCAUGCUUCUGGGUCACUCAGGCUCUCCUGGAGACCAGAGCUGGGCAGGGAGUGACUCAGAGCCUUGGGUUUUGAAAAGCACAACCUGCAGCUAAACUCAGCCAGAAGACUUAAAUCUUGUAACAGUCAUCCUCCUCUAACACAGUAAGUUCCUUCUGCAGAACAUCUGCCUUUCCUGCACCCAGGUGGGGGCUUCUGUGCAGCCCCUACCUGGUCUCGCAGGGUAUCUGACCUGCAGGUCCAAGUGUCCACUCAGUUCUGAGUGUCGUCGUCUUGGGUGUGGUUGUCUGGCAAGGUGCCCUUGUGCCGCUGGCAGAGCACUGUCAACCUCAGGUCCUGUCUGCUGCCCUCUCUGAGGCCCUUCUUGGCCGGUAAGUCCCAGGUUUUGUCUGGAGGAUUGGAAUCCUCGUCCACUUCACAGUGACAUCCACACAAGUAGUUGGUCUGUCUUAGGAGAAAAUGGUCAGCGGUUGUCACUCAUGCUUCAGAUCCUGUUGGGCAGUGUGCCUGCUGAGGGCCACAGUGGGAGCUCUAGGACAGGCAGAGCUUUGGGGGACCUGACCAGGGGACCCCUUCAUCCCCCUACGAGGUCAGACAGCCUUGACCACGAGCCUAUGCUUGCUUGAUGGAGGCUUCACCUCGAGUUGGUGGUGACUAUGGGGAAGUGCUUGUCCUCCUCAUCUGCAGCAGAUUCAGUCAGGCAUCCUCCCAGGUGCAGAACAAGGUUGGCUGAUGAUGUCAUUCCAAACUUCGCCAGCACUUUUGGGAGAGUGGGUGAGCCCAUUCUAUGGUUCUAGCUCAAAAUGGUGAUUUAUGCUCAGAAAUUGGUAAAUUUCUGCAAGUACCUGAACAUCUGGCAUCUGUCCUUAGUACUGGCAAAACAAUUAUUCAAAUAACUUUAAUUGUCCUUUAAAACAGAGGUUGCUCCCUUUCAGCCACCCUAUUAGAUAACUGCCUCUAAUGUUAACAGUUAGAGAUGUCCGCAUCUGUAACUAUACAAAGCAUGACUUGGAUGGUCUCUGAGGCUGGGCCUCUGUAAUGAAUUAGUUUAAAAGAUGAGGUCCUAAAUUGAAUUAGGUCAGUCUCCUUUCCAUACAGGGAUAAGGUGAUUUAGGUCUCUACUCUGUCGAAGGUUGUGUGGCCUGGGAUGGAAAGGAGACAUGGCUCUGAAGCUGCAGCCUGGUCAGUGGAGCCUGAGGGUCCAGCUUAGACGCCAGAGGGUCCAGCUUAGACGCCAGAGUCAGGUGACCAGGGAGCAGUGGGUGGAAGCUGGGAUCCACAAUCUCAGCAACACCCUGGGUGUGAGCCUUGAGCAGGCCCAUCUACAGGAAGAUUCACGCAUCUGUUGACUUUUUCAGGAAGCCUGGUGUUCCUCAGACACUGAGGUUGUCCUUUCCUACAAAAGAGAUUUUGCUAAACAAGCCACGCAUUUACAGAGUUCUUCUGUCAGUGUUUAAAAAGCUUGACAGGCCUACUCUCUGUCCACACCAAAAAUACACUUGGAUACACAGCUCAGUCAGCAGAGGAAAACAUGCAAAACACAGGUAGGUUUGUCCUCAGAAGGACACUUAAAUCUACUAACUGCAGCUGGGAGAGGACAGGGGCUAGUAGGAAGGGGCCAGCAGGAAACUGCAGGCCUUUCACCCCAGCACAGGGAUCUAUGUGCAGAUAAGCACAUCUCCAACUUCGAGUUACUGCUCUUUCUCUGUAUUUUAUUGUCUUAAGGAGGAGAAGGGCUCAAAGGCCAGCACUUUGCAGAAGCACUCAGAACUGGCAGAAUCCAUUCCAGUCUUUGCCUUCCUCAGAGCAAGAAGCUGCAUCCUGACAGGCAGGCCCGGGCCUUACCUCCGCCUGCUCUCUGGCGGGGGUGUCCCUGCAGACGCUGGCUGGGGCCGUACACCCCUCCAAAGCAGCCUCCGUCCGCUGCUGGCCACAUGGCUUAUGUGUGGGUCAGCCUGGCUGAGGUGUGGCAGCUGGGGGCUGCUCCCCAAGCCUUGUUUGUGGUGCUGAGGCUACUUGAGGUCUGCUGUUGCCAAUGACAUGUAGGUGUACCCUGCAUUUUUCUUAAAAUUUCCAAAGCUCAGCAGUGUCUAUGAGGAAAAAACUGGGAAGGAUACUAGUGCUGGGUGUGUGGCCUUGCAGUGACAGACACCUGCUCCCCACUUCCUGGUGGAAGAGCAGGGACCAGGCUCCCCUUCUGCAUGGUCACCUUAGUUACCAUGGCUUUGGUGAAGUGGAGAUGCAUUGGCAAGUCCCCCCAGUGAGAGGACACUGUGUCUAAAGGGGCCCAACAAAGGCAGAUCAAACACCUACUCUCACCCCAACCAUGAAAGGGUCCCAGCAGCUCACCUGCCUUGCGUGGAUUCCUUAGAAAUCAGGAUCUCAGCUUAGGUUAUUUUACUCCCCAAGUGCUGCAUUUUGGGUCUGUAUUCACGGCCAGGGUUUGACAGUCAUUUGCUGCUACUGCCUUCAGGGUGGCUCAGGGAGGGAGGCCUUGUGAGCGGUGCUGUCCUCAGUGUGCACGGUGCUGGGUGAGAACUGUCCAGAGAUGCAGGUGAUGAGGACUCACAUCCUUCCACAGAGCUCAGAGUGCAGCAGUUUUACUAACUGAAGUGCCACAUAUUCUAACUUCAGCUGAUGCGCGUCAUGCCUCACUCAUAACGGUGCUUUCAGUGUCUGUCAUGCAUUCAUUUUGUUAGGUGCUGUAUAUAUAACUUGACCAGAUUAUGCACAUAUCCUACCCAAUGGGUGGAACAAAAACGGUACUGCAAUAUAAUGUAUAGGUACCAGAUUUAACAGAAAUGGCAUAGAAUUUGUGAAUGCCUAUGUGCUUUGUCCUCUUUUGUAAGGAAAUCUGCUAGUGGAUGCAUACAGAUAAAGUCUAUGUCAUUUAUUUUCUUAUUAAAUAUCAAUAUUAUAACACAAGGGAAAUAAGUGUGAACAAGCAAGCACAGCCUAUGUACAGCAAUCAGAGUUGCAUCUUUGCUGUGAAAACACUUUUUAAGAAAUAAGUUUUUAAAAUUCUGUAGCCUUCUGGGGCCACCAGAUGUUUCUUUUUAAUCCCUUCAAGUUCAGUUGGACCAGUAUUAUAGUCAGAAAAAAUGCUGAUUUUUCAAUUUGCUUUAUGAAAACAUAUUCUAUCUUACGUUGUAGAAUGAAGAGGGCAGACCCAGUGAAGAACGCACUUUUCAUUAAAAUUGCAAAACUUUGCAAAACUUGUUAGAGUGAGCACAGUGGCCUGCAGCAAGGAUUGUGCAGUCUAGAUGCAUUUGUGACCAUCUGUCUCUGCCUUUUUGACAAAUGGAAGCUGUGAACCAUUGAAUGAGCAGUAGUGUUUGCAGAAAAAUAACUAACAAACCAGUCCACUUGAGAAGACCCCAUUCUCAGAAAAAUGUGUUACAGGUUAUAAUGAGCAGACUGGCAGUCAGCCAGCUGAGUGAAGUCUUAAAUCCCCUCCCUUUGAUAUCUCCUGGUGAUAACUACCAAACUAGGAACCAAACUAGGCUUUGCCAUUGACCAGGGACCACAUCAUUCCCCGACAAAGCAUCUACUUCCAGCUCUCGCGAUUCUGACAGUGACCUUUGUGUUUAUCUUCAAACAUUCUAAUAGUCAAAAAAGAAAGAAGUGACAACAUUCACUAAAACCACUGAUGAAACUCUGGGUGUGGGCCUCCUUCCAAGUUCUGUCCAUGGAGGUCACUGGUGAAAUACUGCCCAUCUGAUCCAUACUUCCAGUUUAUUCUGUCAUCAGAGGAUGUUAAUUCUAGUUAAUCGUUUUUUGUUCUGCAGUAGGUGUUCUGAUUUGAAAAUCAUGACAGAAUCAUACUCUCAUCCACAAAAUAAGUACUGAAAGUGCCUCUGCAGCUCUUGAUGCUAACAGACCAGAGGUCAGUCCUUCAGCUGUCAUUUUCAGGGCCCACAAGAUGAUGAGGGUCUGUGUUUCUUGCACUCAGAGCCCCUGCUGUCUGCUCACUGCUAGCAGCAGGGGCCUGGUGGCUCAAGUCAAGGGUGGAGGCUCCUCCCUGUCAGAACCUCUUCCCCCCACAGGAUGCUGAGCAGGUUGUCUGAAGCACUAAACCUGGUACACAGCAUGGCUUCCUUUCUACAAGACUAAUCGAGGCUUAAACUUUACUGUUAAUGAUGCUGGUUCAUUUUAAUGUGUUUGCCUCCUGUAUUACUAUUCUUCAUUUCAUGGUUUUCAAAAAUCACACUUUCUGAUAUUAAAGCUAUUUUUAAAUAUGUGUAAUACUAUUAAUAGCAUUUAGUUCACUUUCACUAGGCUGCUUUAUAAUGACAAGUACAGUUGUAACUGAACUUUUCAAUAGUCAUUAGGUUCAAUAUCAUAGGUUCAUAUGACCUAUGAUAAUCCAAAGUCAUGGUCUUUUUUUUAAACAGCCAUUUGUGCUUACUGUUCAACAGAAUUCCCAGUUAUACACAAAGAUUUCCAGCUGUUUUGUACCUGCCUGUCUGAGUGAUGAUACAGUUCCUAGACCCAAGGUCUGUAAUCACAAUCCCUAAAGGACAAUGAUGCUCUAGUGCUGUGUGUUAUGAAAUCAGCCCUUUCUGACUGUUUUUAAUGCUGUGGUUGAACUGCAGCUUAAAAUCAUUAAAAAUAAUCAGUGAUA